CAGGCCACAGCCCGCGUCUUUGACCUCACGAAUUGUUUUAUCACCGUCGCACUGUCGGGUAUGUAGUAGUAAAAUCCAGCUCUCAGAAGGUGAUCUUUUCUUCGAAGGGACUGUAGCUCUGGCUAUGAAGGAGCGCGUUCUCUGGCUUGACGGCCUUCGAGGCGUCGCAUCUGCUAUAGUAGCUUUAUUCCAUGCAAAGUCCUUCGAGCCUCAGAGCGUCCUUGGGUUUCUGUUCAACUCCUACUGGGAUGAACCAGCUGAAGAGAACCGGCGUUUCAUCCAGCUCCCUCCCAUUCGGCUUCUAUUCUCUGGUGCGUCAAUGGUAGCUUUGUUUAUGGUUAUAUCCGGCUACGCAAUCUCUCUCCCACUUCUCCAAUCCCGUGGAGACACUCUUACCAAUGUCCUUGCGAACAAUGAUGGCUUUUUUCGCCGCCUGGCUUCCGCUGCAACCCGUCGAAUUUUUCGCAUCUAUUUGCCUUGCAUCGUGAUCAUCUUUGUCUCCCAAUUUCUAUACUUCUGCGGUAUCUACCAAUGGGAGCCCCCGAGCGACGACUGGGUCUGGGGUCUAAAGCCCUUCACGGCGCCGCUGUCGCAUAUUCAUUAUGCGCUUUGGCAUGUGCUACAUCUGCUGGAUAUCAGCAACCACGGAAUCGAUAUCAACUUUGUCCGCCCACGACCUGACUUUGCAAAUCUGAAUUACCAGCUCUGGACUAUGCCUGUUGAGAUUCGUGGCUCAUGCAUGGUAUAUCUGCUGAUCUUGACCUUUGCAUUCUGGAGACCUCGACCCCGAUAUCUGGCUCUAAUAGCCGUGGCAGCAUAUUGGCUUUAUAUCGGUCAAUGGGAUCUAUUUGCCUUUGUUGCAGGAAUGCUUCUUGGAGAAGGACACGUCUCAGAUCAUUGUGGACCAGCUGGCGAGAUUGAACUGCCCUGCAAUCAUUCCGAGACUCGGAGAGCUGUGACUGAUGUCUGGACAAAAUUCAAGGUCCUCAUCGGUCGAUUUCUACCAGCAGCCAGCUUCGUUUUAGGCAUCUACCUCCUUUGUAUGUGCCACGCCGAUAAAGUUUCGCCCGAGUAUCGAUUUCUCCUCGCGAUUCAAUCUCCUUCCUGGGAUCACCCGGAGAUGUUCUCAAGAUGUUGGAGAAGCAUUGGAGCUACUCUCGCGAUCUAUGCAAUCCGUGAAUCCGCCCUUCUACAGUCCCCACUUAACUCGCAGCCUGUGCAAUACUUGGGGGAAAUUUCAUUCCCACUAUAUGUGAUUCAUGUGAUGGUCUAUUUCAUUUUCAAACGGCCAGUUAGAAGUAUGUUAUGGUUCAUCGUGACACAGACGCCUUAUCCAGGCACUGUUGAGGCAAGCAGGACGCAUCCCGUGGCAUUCUGUAUGGCUUUUGGAGGAUCUGUUGUUGUUUGCCUUAUGAUUAUGGUUCUGGUGGCAGAACUAUGGAAUCGUUUUGUUGAUAGGAAAUGCAUGAUGCUGGCACGAAGAUUUGAAAAGUGGGUUACUUCUUAAGGAUCGGUUGUUUAUAGGUCAUCCGUUUGCUUCUCCUACAAAUCUGCUUGAUUCUAUUACUUUAAUAUUACUUCAUGCUUUAUCAAGAAGAG